AUGGCAUUGGCUCAGCCCAAUAUCAACUCCUUUCAAAUUGGCUUAUUCGCCACUCAUACCAUCAACUAUGUGGAUCUAAAAGCGAUACUUGAUGAGCAAUAUGAAAUCCCAUCCGGCUUCACCACACAUAGUAACGAUCCCGACGCUUACAUCUUCGGUCGCGUGGGAAAGCAUAAUAUCGUCAUUUCAUUACCACCCCGAGGCUCUACAAUUCAAGUUGCGCACAGAGCUCCACACCUAAUUUGCUAUCUGAAAUCCUUUCGAGUUGGUCUUUCGAUCGGUAUAGCAGAUGGACUCGGUAAAGUAAAGGGCGGUAUGAAACAAGGCGACGUUCUCGUGAGUCACUUAAUGCAGGAACAAGACGGAACAAAGUAUCGCCACAACAACUUUGGUAAUAAGAUUCCGUCUGUCCUCGCCGGAGCCGUCCUUCGUGUGCAGACUCGUCAGGAAAUGUACGGUCCCACGAUCCCCGAAUCCCUGACAAAAUACGUGCCUCGAGAACCUAAAACUUACGACGGGACCGUCGUAUCGUGCAAAAAUUCUAUGAUAAUAAGACAGAUGCGGGAAGUGAUCACGGACCAGAAAUUUUUGUGCUCUCGGGACGACGAAGAAGAGUUCUUUUGCUUUGAGCAAGAAGGCGAGCCGCGCCUAAGCACCUCCGUUUCCUGUCUUGUGGUACGAGGGAUUUGCAUCUCAAAUAAUAUGCAACGGCAUGCCUCAGCCACCGCCACUGCGUAUACCAAGGAGCUCCUGAUCCAUAUGCCAAAGGAGGAUGUUCGAAAUUCUAGACUAGUGUGGGUUGAUACUGCAGGGCGGUAG